CCAAAAGGAGCUCAGCAUAGAACUCAUACAAGAUGUAAAUCCAAGCGAUCAAGGCGUAUCAUUUCAUCCUGCAAUUGAGCAAGUUAAGAAUGACUUUAGUUCCGCCAAAACUGCUAGAAGACUGGAAGCCUGCUCCGGAGAAGUCACAGAACAAGACCGAACCUUUGGAUCAAGAACCCAGCAACAGUCACGGCUCCUCAAAAAUCAAUUUGCCAUCCGGUGGCUGCAUCUCUCUAGUCUCUAACCCGUUUCACGAUCUCUACCUAUCAGAAGACGACAGGACAUCCCUCACGCAGCCAACGCAAAACUGUAAUGAGCAGAAUCACAGAACCAUAUUAGUGAAUGUGGAAGAAGGCACUGUCGCAACCCGGCCGAGAAAGCAACAGCUUUUCCCUCCAGGGUGCAGCCCGUAUCACUGCAGCAUGUGCAGCCGAGACUUCAAUCGCCUGGAGAACCUGAAGACUCAUUUAAGGAUACACACUGGUGAGCGUCCGUACAGUUGUUCAUUGUGCGGGGUCCGGUUUCGGCACUCGGGGGCGCUGACACGGCACUUCCGCAUUCACACGGGAGAAAGCCGUAUGUGUGUGAAGAGUGUGGAAGAGUUUUAG